AUGAGAUUACAUUAUUCCUUGGAUUUUAUUAUAUCAUGUUUAGUCUUGACAUCCCUUUUCUUGUUCGCGGAAUCAGCACCACAGAACUUUACCUACAUAGAAAAAACAACCGACAACGACCAAACACCUCGUAUAACAGAUCUUCAAACCUACGAUGAUGGAACAAUUCUUGUCCGUAUGGCACGGAGGAGCAAUACCCUCAAUUCCACUGCUACUGCCAUUUACCUAGAUCCUGUUCUAGCUUUUAGGCUUAUAAAUCCAGAUGGAACCGUCACUGAAGUUAACAUCAAUAAUUCAUAUGCAAAUUUGGAUCCCGUGAAUUUUCGUCUCUUUAGUGGUGCGAUUGGAACCCAAAAUCCUAUAUCCAUAUGGUCCUUGCGAGAUCGAUUUAUCCUGGUUAAUUACGUAAAUAUGACUGAUCCCUCGGACAUUAAAACUUACGAAGAUUGGGGGAUGGUUGUGGAUUGGUCGGGUAAUAUUCAUGGUCGAUUACGUUAUGGCAAAUCUUACAUAAACUCACGUGGUCAGUGGGAGAUAAAUUUAUCGCUUACUUUGAACGUGAACAGGAAGUUGGGUUUUUUCAGAUUAACCGCUGUAAAUGGAAGCUCUGCUCUCUGGCAGCAAAUUUUGGUGGAUGAUUCUGGGAAUUUAUCAAUCUUAUCGCAAGACUAUAUAAAUAUACAAAAUUACGCUAAUUUAGUUCUUAGCACAUUCGCCACCGUUGAUGGGGGUUAUGCCAUUGCGUACAUCAACUCGUUACCUACCACUACAAACAACACCAACCCGUUCAAAUCAUUUACCGGAGUGUACGCCAUCUUCUUGUCAUAUGGUCAAAAUACCACCGGCACUCAGCGUACUCUCUUUGAAACGACCGUCUCCAAUCUCAUAACUCAAUCCAUGAAAUGUGACCUAGCGUUUGUCGGUGUUGGUCAUGUGUGCACGGUUGUCACGUUUACCACGGCUCAGAACAGAACUACCGGAUAUCUUUUAAAAAUCAACUUUUUAUCAUCAGGAUCGGUUGUGUCAACCACCUCAACUCGAAACCAGGAUAUUAGUUUGAACAAUACUGUAAUGGACGUAUUACCGAUGCCCUUUGGCGGUUAUUUAUUAAAAGAUACCUUCACAAACAACAACUCAGAUACACUGAUAAACUUCUCUGCCUAUGGCAUAAACGACACACAGAUUUCACUUGACCUGCAACAACCAAUAACUCCAAAUCUCUUUGGUCUAACGACUAUCAUCAAGAAAAAUAACACCUUGGUGAUCGCUCUACAAGAGGAUCCAACGUCUUGGACCUUGCUCACCGAUCAAAUGCCCAAGGUCGAUGGAGAUUUAGAUCACGGUUACGGUAAUCUCAUGGUCGACACCACCGUUCCAGCCAUUAGCGCUGUCAUCCAACCGACAGCCGCCAAUAUUACUAUCACUUUUUACGACCCCGUUGAUUUGUCAGAUGGUAACAUAACAAUCUACCAAAAUAUCAACUCCUCCAGUGUCAUUCUUCGGCAGAUGAUUUCAGCGCGAGAUGCAAAAUGUCAUCUAGGCAAUGAUACGCGUAGUAUCACUGUGGAUUUGAUUAGUAGUACAUUUAAUCAGCCCAAAGCACAAUAUUUCGUGCAGAUAGAUAAUAAUUUUGUAAAGAGCAGAAAUUAUCGGGAACCUCUAUUGGGGAUCGAUAGUCGUGUUUGGUGGCUCACGGCAGGCACUCCUCCGGAGCCCGCACGUUCUGCCUCUGUCACUGGUAUACUUCGCCUUAAUCCGGAAGCCUCCCAAAGAUUUCAAAGGUUUUCGAGUGCUCAACGGAAUGAUUUCUUUUCCACUUUGUUGAAGGAGAUUUCGGAAAUGGUGCCGGUCCGACUCGCUCGUUUGAGUUCCGAUAAUAAGUACCAGGUCGUCAACAGCGGCACCCCUUCUGAGCAAAUAAUGAUUUCUAUCGAUAUAGCUUUACCUAAAGAUUCUGAUGAAGAAGGGGUUCCAAAGGUGAAGGAUGAUUUAAACACUAUGAUUAAGAACAAGUAUAUCACUAGCAUUUCCACCGGUAGUGCGACAAGCGGUCUAGACGAGAAUUAUGGUUUUGUUGCGUCACCUGAUCUAUGGGAAAGAUAUAGAUUCAAAUUAAUCGGCGUGUUCCUGGCUGUCACCGUAUUCAUCAUAAUCUUUCUAAUCGCUCAGAGAAGACAUCGUGAUGGACAUAACCUUGCGGUUCUUCAACUUGGUCUGAUUCUCUUUAAUUUCAUUCUCGAGGUUCUCUUUAUUGCUAACAACGCCAAAGACAUAAAGCAGCUGUUCCUACCAAGUAUUCUCUUCCUAAUUAUUCCAUUAUGUGUGAACACCGCUCUAGCCUUCUACAUCAUCAGCAAAGAAAACCUUACUAAAGAAUUCUACGAUUGGUUCUACACAAAUGGAAAAGUUGCUUCCAUCUUCACUGUCAUCGCGGCAGCCGAUAUUGAGGCCUUGAUGGUUUUGCAUUCAAAUCUGGCCGGGCUCUCCAUCUUUAAAGCUCCGUUCUCUCCUGAUGCGAUUAGUAAGAUAUUUUGGGGAGCGUGUGCCAACAUUUUUAUUAAAAACAUUCCACUAGUUGUUAUUCAGAUCAUUUAUUACAGGUUAAUUGUAACAUACGACAUAAUUCCAUUGCUAUUACUGAUCACCUCAUGCCUCACUCUCGUCAUCAACAUCAUUGGCCGUCUGUACCAUGCAGUAUACCGCAUCCGUAACCGAAAGGAACCUCAAUAUGCGCCGACGGACGAUUCGCCUGAUAACAACUUUGGCGGACUUCACCCCUUACAGAUACCUCCAUCCUCCUUGUAUAAUAAGGACGAAUCGAUAGCACCGGAAAGUCCUUCAGGGGGUGGCUUCCUGAGGAGAUCGGGUGGUAAGAGGAAUAGCCGAAAUAGUAAAAGGAUGAGUGAAGUAAGAAGUGGUGAAGAAUUAACAAACGUCGAGCUAACAAAUCCCGAUGAACUUGAGGAUAAAGACGAUGGAACACUCUAUGGUGGUGACAAUAGACAACCAGAACAAGGAGCGGGUCACGUGAGAAAGGAUUUGGAAGAAGGAAAGUGA